AUGGGCGCGGCGGACGCGCCGCGGUACGUCUCGGCGCUGCCGUCGCGAUCGACGCGCGGACGACGGCUCGCGACGCUGCUCGAGGACGAGGACAGCGCGGAUGAGGCGUUCUGGAACCAAGACGCGCUGGCGGAGGAGAGCGGGGACGACGCGUACGAGAGCGAGGAGGAGCCGGAGGACGUGUUCGAGGACGACUUCGACGAGAGCGAGUCGAGCGAGAGCGAGGGAGAGGUGCGAGUGGCGAGAGAACGCGCGAAGAGGACGCUGAAGGCGCCGGAAAGGCGAGGGAAGGAUGCGCGAGGGGCGGGGGGAGGAGGGACGGGCGAGGGGGGGGAGGCGGCGGCGGUGGGGGACGGGCGCGGCGACGCGAACGCGCGGGGGGCGAGGGCGACGACGGCGGCGGCGGCGGCGGGAGGGGAUUUUGAGAUGCGGAAAUCGAAACGGUCGACGGCGCAAGCGAUUUUGGAGCGGAGCGAACGAAUGCGCGCGGAGCGCGCGUCGAAACCGGCGCAAGAGCGGCAAAAGGUUGAACACAGGACGUGGACGCAGGAGGAGUUGCUCGAGGAGGCGAAGGAGACGGAGUAUUGGAAUUUGAUUGAUUUGGAACGUUUACUCACGCUGGAGGCGGAGAUGAAGAAAAAGGCGCCGACGGUCUCGAACGCGUAUGAAGGACCAUCGUUGGUGUAUCGCAGCUCGGCGAAAGUCGACGAGGGGGCGACGAUGAUUGAGCUCGCGCGCGGCGCCGAGACGCCCGAACCGUUGCGGCAAAACAAGCCGACUCCGGCGCACAAGGACAAGUGCGUCAUCACCGGUUUGCCGGCAAAGUAUAAGGAUCCCGUGACUGGAAUGCCGUACGCGACGAUCGAAGCGUUUAAGAAGGUGCGCGCGCGGUAUCCGCCCUUGCCGCCGAAACCGAAGCCCGCGCCCGAGGAGCCCGACGCGGCGGCGGCGGCGCCGAUCGAACCAAAGAUUGAAGUCGUCAUCGACGUUCCCAUGGAGCCGGAGGCACCGUUGGCGCAGAAAACGAAAGCGAAAAGCACAAAGAAACGACCGGGGAAACCGUCGGCGUCUCAAUUGUCCACGGUGGCGAAGAAAACCCUCGCAACGGCGAAGAAAACUUUAAAGCAAGAGCCCGAGGACGCGACCAUGACCGUCGCCGACGACGAGGCGCUCGCGGGGUAGAGUUCAAAAGUGUACAUAUAAUCGAAUCACGUAGUUCAGUUCGUAUCAUAUCGCGUCGAUCGUCUCGCAUCACGGGCUCGAUCGACUUGACGCGACCUUUAGCGAGUGCAUCUUCGCGAGCAACACACCCAUAUCGUCGAUGACUUUAUCUUGGCGGCGUCGAAUUUCUUCAACCUGUUCGAGCGCCUGUCGCUUUCGCGAUAACCUCACGGGAGACACACUGUGUAACAGUCUCUCGGCGCGUUCAGCGCCUCGACGCUUGAGUCGUCGAAGUUCGUCCUUCGGACUCUGGUUCUCGUCGUUGUCGUCGUCGGACGACGCCGAGCGAUAUCGACGACGAGACGUUGGCGGAGAACAGCCCGGCGGUGUCACCGCGAACGCCUUCACGCGCACGACGUCGUAAUCGAUCUC